AUGGCCCCUGUUACAAAUUCUCCCACGACGAAUACCAGUAUAGGUGGUCUAAACCUUACUACAGCUCAACAAAAUACUAACGCUGUUUCAAUAGACCCUUUGCAGAAUCAACAAGCUCAAGUAUUGAUGCUGGAAAAUACUCAGAAUCAGAUGGUAGUUUUAAAUGCUAAUCCAACUUCUCAUUCACGACCUCCUCAACUAUCAACAAGUCUGGCUUCUACUGCCUCUGGAACUAUUACUACUUUAAAUUCCAUAAACGACUCUACUCAAGAUAUAACAAUGUUGGUUAACCAAGAACAAUUACCUGUUUUAGUUAUGAAUACUGCUCCUGCAACUUCAAUGGAAGCUACAAACUCUCCUCAAAUAACAAUAAGUAGUGUUUCUACCACCGUUUCACUGGACCCUUCUCUGAUCCACGACCCUUCAAAAAUGAUGGUAACCUCUCAACAAGAUCAACAACAACCUCAGUUAACUCUUACUGAUGUUUCUCCUCAAGUAGUUUUAGCUGCUCCACAAGAACAACAACCUACUGUAGUAAAUGUUAAUACUGCUAUAUACAAUCAAAUGUUCGAUCCUUUAGAUCAUGUAAAACGACAAAAUGAUAUGAUUUCUUCCCCUUCUACUACUACUUCUAUAAUGGAUUUAAAUAGACAACAACAACAACAUCAGAUUGACCAAUCAGCUGUCGUAAAUCCUUUAACUGCCGCUCAAGCUCAUGCUGUUGUACAAGCUGUCGCUUCUGCUCAACAAGUUUUGAUCCAAAAUAUUAUGUCUACUGAACCACAACAACAACAAGAUCCUCCUUCAAUUGAUCAAAUGAUUAUAGAUACUGACCCUUCUGUUAAAGUUCAUGAGGAUGCUCAAGUUCAAGCCGCUGUUGCUGCCCUUUUCAACAAGUCGCUCAAGUUCAAUAAUGAUCCUAUGAAUCUUGUGGAAUCUAUAGCUAAUGCUCAAAUGGUUGAAUCGAUGAAUUUAGUUGAACAAAACAGGCGUUUGGCUAUGGAAAUCGCUAAUAAUAAUCAGUUGGCCGCUAAUGUUAAUGCUUCUGCCAAUAAUAUUGUCAGUCAAUCGGUAAGCAGUCAAAUGUCUAUCAGUAAUAAUCAAACUGAGCAAAUUUUAUCGUCAUCGACCCAACCACCUCCGAUGGCCGAUCUUUUGAAUUCUAGUCCUAUUGUUACUACUUCUUGGAGUAUUGCACCCCCUAAUAAUGGUUCAAGUAUUGUAGUACCUUCAGCAGGUCCAAUACAUCUUAUCAAUGUUGGGGAACAUAUAGUUCACAAUACGGUGGUUGUAGAUACGAGUAUUCUUGGUAAUUCUUUACAACCAGCACAAACAUUAACAUUUGUCGCCGAAAAUCCUCAAUUGGAUAUGCAGAAUGCAGCUCAAAAAUCCUCGGUUGAUCACGUAAUCGAAUCUUCUCCUUCACAACAAAUUCAAUCCCCUUCGCGUACCGUAUCUCCUGACCUACAAGUUUCUCUACCUCAAGAUGACCGUUCCAAGAAAUCACCUGAAAAUGAAGUACGAUCUCAAAUUGAUAAUUCCUCUCGUAUACCUUCUCCUGCACUUAACGAUCAAAUUAAACUGGAAUUUCAUAAUUCCCCACCUGAGUCUUUGGAUAUUUCAAAAGAUACUAAUAUUGUUCAAGAUGUUCAAUUAUCUAAAGUUAUUUCUCAACCUUCUACUACAAAUUUACAAUCUGAUAUUGAUAAUGUUGAAUCUUCAAAAACUGCAAAGAAUAUUUCUACUUCAAUUAAUAAAUCUUCUAAUUUAGAAGAUUUAACCAAUGAACAACUUUACGCUAAAUUGGGACAAUACGAACAUCCUAACUAUUCUAAAGAUCAACUUAUAGAAAAAGUUAGGUAUUACGAACAACGUGAUAAAAAUUCAAAAAAUCGUACUUCUGAAAAUCAUAAACGUUCUCGUGGUGAUUCUAUAAAAUCUAAUUAUUCUGAUGAUAUUAGCGAUGAUAACGAUUCACCAAUGACUCCAAGUGACAAUGCCGAAGAUUUAAAACGAGAAUCUAAUCGAUCUGAAUCUACAAUAGCCGGUAGUUCUCAAGGUUCUCCAUCAUUAACUUCUGUAAAACCCGAAGGUCAAGAUGAAAAAUCUGAUAAUCACCGAUGUAUGUGGAGAGGUUGUACAAAAGUACUUGAUAGUUUAGAAGCUUUAAUAUCACAUGUCGGUGAUUCUCAUAUUGGUAGUGGAAAGCCGUUCACAAAACGUCACAAGAUGUAUAAUCAUUUAAGAACUCAUACUGGGGAAAGACCUUUUGUAUGUAGUGUAAAUGGUUGUGGUAAAAGGUUCUCAAGACCAGAUUCUCUAACAACCCAUGUAAAGACGCAUUCCAAUCAUCGCCCGUAUAUCUGCUCAUUCAAAGGAUGUAAUAAGGCAUAUUAUCAUUCAAGAUCUCUCAGAAAACAUGAAAAAACACAUGAUAUACGUGCUGCUCAUUCUCAGCAUUCAUUACCAUCAGUUCAUUCUGCUGGAAUUUCUAUUACUAAUAAUGGAAUGCACAUAAAUUUUACAUCACCGAAUCGUCUUUUUUCAUCUUCACAACAACAAACAUUAUUUCAACAAAGACCACCUGGUUUCGAUCCUUCUUCAAAUCCAUUACCGAGUCAACCACCAUCAGGACAACAUGGUUCUUUAAACUAUUAUCAUCCUCCUCCACUACAACCUCAUCGACCCGAACUAGUUCACCAUAGUCGUGGUCCAUCUUUUGAUGGUUCUCAACAACAAGGUCCGUCCCCAUCAUCAUCUUCUCCAUCACCACAUUUCUUUGCACAUUCUCAGCAAUCUUCAACAGCUCCAACAGGGCGCCCGUCUAAUUCUCCUGCUACGA